AUGCUGGAAACAAAGACUGGUUGUUCGUUUGUUGAAGAAAUACCACAAUACCAAAACGAGCAGUGCUCUCCUGCUUCACAACUCGCGGAUUGCCCUCAUAUUGAUGACGAUCAGCAUGCAUCACCGAAACAGCAAUGGACCCUAUCGACAAAUGCUUUCCACCAGAGUUUCGAUGAAAGAAGUUCCGGACAACAGACUUCAUUGAGUAAUUCGUGCGGCGAGCUGAACGAUCCGUGUCGUUUCCAGCGGAAACGUCGUUCGGCUUAUUGCAGUGGAGUGGGACGACCAAAUUACAAUAGCGGCACAAACAGUGCAGGAGGUGGUGUAGCAAUCAGUCAAACGCGUCCACCGGCAUUACGCUCUCCCCAGUCCUCAUUUGAUUCUAACAGUAACGUCGGUCAGAAAACAAAUAAUGUUAACUGUUUCUCGAACGAUGCGAUAAGAUCAAGUGAACAGCAUCUAUCCGAUACACAAAUCAUUUCACUUGAAGAUGGAUCGAAGAAGUCGUUAUCGCUGGUACUAAGUGAAGAUUUGGAGGGUCAAAGGAAUGGACCUAAUCAAGACGACUCUGAAACUCCAUUGAUGAAACAAAAGGAAAAGAACUGUGGACGACUCCUUCAACGACAAGAAUUAUUCCUGAUUCGUCGAACCACCAGCGAUUAUGCGCUCUUUUUUGCAGUUCUUGGCAUUGUUUUAAUGAUAGUUGAGAAUGAAAUGAGUGCAGCGCACUUAUAUGAAAAGUUGUUCAUGAACGCAAAUAGUGCUGAGGAUUGGCGUAUUGCAAUAACGUGGAAACGAAUCAUGCAGAUCACUGCUGAAAUCAUUGCAUGCGCAACUUGUCCUUUACCGAUAAACGUGACUUUCGCGUGGACGACGUUGUAUGCUGAUGGAGAAACAAAAACAACGAGCAACAUACCUCUUGAUGUGUUACUUUCGAUUCCGAUGUUCUUCAGGUUAUAUUGGCUGUGUAGAGUGAUGCUGCUUCACAGCAGACUAUUCACAGAUGCAUCUUCAAGAAGUAUUGCAGGUCUUAAUCGAGUCAAUUUUAAUGCGAGGUUUAUUUUGAAGACGCUAAUGACUCUUUGUCCAGGCACAAUGCUGAUGGUGUUCACUGCAUCGCUGUGGAUAAUCGCAGGGUGGAUACUGAGGCUCUGCGAAAGGCACUACGUUAGCGAUCCAAUCAAUGUGCAAGCCCAGAAACAUCAAAAUUAUCUAAAUUCAUUGUGGUUAAUUGCAAUUACGUUCCUUUCUGUUGGAUACGGAGAUAUUGUACCUAAUACAUAUUGCGGUCGUGCAAUGGCUGUUGUGACUGGAGUGUUGGGAACUUGUACAUCGUCAAUGGUCGUGGCGGUUAUUGCUCGUAAACUUGAAUUAUCGAGAGCUGAAAAGCAUGUUCAUAAUUUCAUGAUGGACACACAGCUCACUAAGCAGCUGAAGCACAGUGCAGCGAAUGUGUUACGAGAAACGUGGUUGAUCUAUAAGCAUCGAUGUCUUGUCAAUAAAAUUGAUCCAGCAAAAAUUCGUAUGCAUCAACGCAAAUUUCUUGUCGCAAUAUAUUCACUGCGCAAAGUAAAACGAGAUCAACGGAAGCUUGCUGAAAAUUUAGUAUCGCUCGGUGAUGUGGCCAAGACCACUUCAAACACGUAUGAAUUGAUACAUGAUAUCAGUACAGUCCAGGAAGGUCUUUCACUGCGGAUGACGGCCGUUGAACAUCACUUGUCAGAUAUAAGUCGUGAAAUAAGUUUCAUAAGUGAUUCACUGAAAGCGAAUAAGGCGAUGAUGAAACGAGCUAAUUGGAGUAAUCAAAAUUCAAGUGUUGACGAUACAGUUAGCGAUGAAACAAUUGUACAGCCCUUCGACAGCGUCAGAAAACGACGCAAUCUCGCCGAUCCGUGA